AUGGGGUUCCAAAUAGCAUGGCUGAGGAAAGAAAAGCUUAAGGCUUUGAAGGCUAUGGUGUUUGUGACUAUGAGUCUAGAGAGAUUUAUAAGUUCUAGAGGUGAGAGGAUGGAAGGAAAAGGGAAAAUGGAGGAUUUCAAGCAUGAGAAAAUAGAAGAAAGGGUUGUGAUAGGAAUGGCUGGUAUGGCUGCUGGAAUGCUUACAGUAGCUGAAAAAAUAGUGAGUUCUCAUGGUUGCUGGGAGGCUUGCAGCAACCAAGAUGAGUUGGUUUUGCCUGGGCAAUGCCUCCCAAUUUAUAGAAGGUGA